AUGGUUCAGGAGACCAGGGAGAAGACGCCGGAACCUGGGGAGAAUGCAGAAGCACCCAGAGCCGGAGCUCACCCGAGACUUGGGACUCUGGAACUGAAGGAGGAAUGGCAGGAUGAAGAGUUCCCUGGGCUGCUUCCGGAAGAGGCUGAUGCUUUGGAAGAUCCUAAAGAAUACUCGCAGACAGGGACCCCCAGUACUCUAGCUUUAUGCGGCCAGCGCCCCAUGAGGAAGCGCCUUUCUGCCCCAGAGCUGCCUGAGGAGGGAGAAGAGGAACAUUCUUCUCUCGACAGCAUCUCUGACCUGGGGCUGGAUGAAAUGGAGACUCCUUCGGACUCGGAGCAGCUGGACAGUGGAAACGACUUUGAGUGGGAAGAUGAUCUGCCCAGGGCUGAGGGCCUGGGAGCCAGCAACGCAGCCCAGAGGCUGGGCCAGGGUUGCGUGAGGGACGUGGCUGGUGCGGACGGUCGUCGGUGGAGGGUCUUCCGGAUGGGCCACUUGGAGCAUCGAGUGGACAUGACAGCCAUCGAGCCCUAUAAGAAAGUCCUUUCUCAUGGAGGCUACCACGGUGAUGGCCUCAACGCUGUAAUCCUUUUCGCCUCCUGUUACCUACCCAGCAGCAGCACGGCCAACUACACCUACAUCAUGGAACACCUGUUCAGAUACAUGGUGGGGACACUGGAGCUGCUGGUGGCAGAGAAUUACCUGUUGGUUCACCUGAGCGGAGGUACAAGCCGGGCCCAAGUCCCUUCGCUAGGCUGGAUGCGCCAGUGUUACCGCACCCUGGACCGGAGGCUCCGGAAAAACUUGCGUGUGCUGCUUGUCGUCCACGCCACGUGGCAAGUGAAGGCCUUGCUGGCCCUGCUCCGGCCUUUCAUCAGUUCCAAGUUCACACGCAAGAUCCGUUUCCUGAACAGCCUGGGCGAGCUGGCCCAAGUCAUCUCCUUGGAUCAGGUCCACAUCCCUGACGCUGUGAGACGGCUGGACCAGGAUCUCUACGGCACAAGAGGGACCUGA